AUGUAAAAAACACAACCAGUUAGUCGAGACUCUCAAAUUUUUGAAACUUUAAAUUAUAAAGAUGGUAAAACGUUUACUAUAUUUCUAGAUUCUAUUCAAGAUCUAGAUUUUUUUGGUCCUUGGCAUAAACAAAACAAUUCAAUAUAAUAUCAAAUUGCAUAGAUAAAAAAGGCACAUACUUCCUCAACUAAUCAAAUGGCAAAUGAAAUAGUUGAAAGACCAGAAACCCAAAAUUCUUAGGUAAGGAUGAUAAAUACUUCUUUUCCUUAUAAAAGGAGAAUAACCAGAAAAAUCUCAAUAGAUUAAUCUAAUUAAUUUAUUGAAAAACCUAAAUAUGAUGAAUCUCGUUAAGUAGAAAGAAUUAUUUAAGAGUUCUUUACUGAUGAAAAUAAAGAAAAGAAGAAAAAAUAAAGAAAUCAUGGUUUUUUUUUCCCAAAAGCUUCAAAAUCUAAUAGUAAUACAAAAUGUAAUGGUUCAUCUUUUUAAACAACUUAAGAAUAUUUUGAUGUAAUUUUCUUCUUUAAACUAAGAGAAAAUAGCUUUAAAAAUGUUGAAAUUUAUGCCAAAUUUAUAGAAAUAGCCAUCAAAGUCUUCAAAACCUAUAAAAAAUUUAAAUACAAAAUAAAAACUGAUUCUUGA